GACUGGUCGCGGCGCGGCGUGUACGAAGGGACCGAGCCGACCCGCGUUGUUCCGCUUCGCUCCGAUCACGCGCAGGCGCAAGUCGCAACUUUAUAUUUUAUCGCAGUCGUAUUACGUACGUGUGUCGUGCGGACGUGUUGCGUUACGCCGCGUCCCUCGUGUUUCAAUACGAAUUGUUUACUAUCUAUUAUUCUGUAUAAAUAACAUUACGUAAUGCAACAAACAUUAUUAUGCGUCGAGUUUGAGUGUCGUUAAAGCUAUCUAUUCGUUCGUUAGGGCCGAGUGUGGGUGCUACCUUGGAGUGCGUCGCCGCUGCUAUUGGACUGUCGCGAGGAUGUCUACGUUGAGUGUGAGAGCACCUGGCUUCCAGGCGACGAUGUUGGACAGUAGAUCAUUACGAGUGAGCAGUGUGACGACGCUGGACGGCGUCAGGAGGAACCUGUUCGGGUGCACGGACAGAGAGGAGAACAGAAGGUUCGUGGAGCGGGAGCUGGCGAGACAGCUGGAGCUGGACAGUCAGAGAUGGGGUUUCGACUUCGCGAACGAGAAGCCCUUGCCCGGCGCGCAGAGGUUCGCGUGGCAGCUCGUGCCGGCGUCCUCGAUCCCGGCGGCGCUGCGGCGGGCGCCCAUCACGGUGCCCGCGCCCAAGCCGAAGCCCACGCCGAUGCAGGAGGCCAAGUCCAGCCCCGAGAGCAGCAAAACGCAGAAAAGAAUAACAGACUUCCUGAAGCCUCGCAAGCGGCUAUCGAACAGCGGCAAGAAGUCGCCGGCGCACAAGCACAAGCACGAGUGCGGGCACGGCGCGCACAUCCGCCCGCCGAAGGUGGCGAGGCUCGCGCAGCCGCACUUCAAGCGCGCCAGCUAGACCCCGGCGACCACCCGUGACCCGCUAUGAACAGACUGUCAGGCAGCUCCAGGGAACCCGAGGCGUCGCGUCGAACGCGGUGCUCACCCAUAUCGUGUACCAGAUCAUGUGCGAGUAACAUCAUGUUCAAUUCCGACGCGGGCUGAGUCAGGAAUCGUGCAAAUUUAUUUUAUAUCUCCUAAUUUAUUUCUAUUGUAGAUGGCGCGUGCGCUGGAGCAAUCUUAUUAUAAUGUUAAGUAAUUUGUAAGAUAGUUCGAAUUAAAAGUCUUAUUCCGGUAUCGUCUUAAAGCAUCACAAUAAUUCCCGAUCGUUCUAUAGUUUCGUUUUGCUCAAUAAUUCGUGUUUCGAACUCGUUUCCAAAAUUCUUUACUACCUACAGUCCUGGGCGAUAUACAUAAUUUAAUGUGACAAUUAAUUGUAAGUGUAUAAUGAUCUCUUUGACAAAUAGUUUAAUUAAGUUAUAUUAGAUUAGCGGUAGUUAAGUUUAAGACAGAAUUAAGAAUUUAUCAAUUUUCUCGGCGGUCCCGCUCUUGUUCCGGGGAAGGUCACGAGUCUUGCCGCCUCGAAAAUGCUAAUUUGCGGACCCGAAAAUAAAAUUUUCAUCCGCAUUCGAGCAUUUUUGAUGCGUUUACUGUUCACCUAGGAGUCCAAGGGUCGCUUCCGUUCACUCCGUCCCGGCGAGGUGAACGAUAACGAUACUCGGGAGAACUUUUAUUUCCGCAUCUACAUAUUUACUGUAAAGUCGAGUUAGCUUUUGUCGAAAUACAAAUACUCAAGCUCCUCCAGCUUCUCGGUCCUCGGCGACUUCGUCUCCAUUUGCAAUUAUGUAAUUUAAUAUUAUUAUGAAGAAUGUCAUUUCACACAUUGAGUAUUUGUGUUUGAGAGUUGACACUCACAAAUUCUUAGACUAUAUUUGUUUUGUUAUUAUAUUUUAAUGGAUUUAUAUUUUUAAUUAUACUAAUGAUCGUUUUCAUUGGACGUGUUAUGAUUCGGGGCAAACUUGAGUCAUCGGAGGGUAGCCGGGGCCGCGGUCCUUUAAAAGUACAAAUUAUUUCGCCUCCGUUUAGGUCGGGCCGCGGUCGCUCUUAAAAGACAUGUUCAUAGUUCAUACUAUCAUUUUUAGAUUUUAACGUGUCGGGUUCGGUCGCGGGUUUCGCACCGGCGUCCGUCUAAGAUUCCGAUGGGCCCGUACCGAGUCGACGCAUCUGCCAAAGUUUGCACUCAGUAGUUGAUAGGUCCGACUAAAGAUUAUUAAAUGAAUUGAAGUUUGACGAAGUUGACUAUUCGUAAGCUCCCGCAAGCUUAUUAUCAUUAGAGGGUUCGUUUACUUUAUGAUUUGUUUCUAGAGAAUUGACUUUGUUCUUGAAUUUAUGAAUUGUGUUUAUGAGUGGUCUUUUCAACAGACGUUUAUCACAACUUGAUGUUAUUAUACACUGGAAACAAUCAAUGUGAUUAGUAAUUAAUUUAGUUUUCAAUUUAAUGUAAAACACUGUAAAUCUGUAAUUUUCCGCCACCUGUAGCUCUGUCCGAUGCUUUCUAAUGGCUGCCCGUAAACCUAUUCUUUUCGGACGGACAUUUGCGAGCUUCUACACUCGACUUCCGUUGCGAAGAUCACUCGAAAUGUUUGAUAUAAUUAUAAUUUUAUUGUUUGAAAAUUUCUACAGACUUUGUUAAUAUAUUAUGUCCCGAUGGGUAUCGGAGAUUGAAAUCGUGAAAUGUUCGGAACUCGAUUCAUGAAGGCAGUAAUUUUAAUCUCUAACACCUGUGAUGUAUUAAAUAUGAUCUCAACGAUAUUAUACUAUGCAAUGUCAUAUAUUAUUUAAAUAGUUACUGGCCGGUGACUGGAAAUAGUGUCCCUAUUAUAUCAGACGGCGACAUGAUGUCUAAACUCUAAGCUAUUCUGGUAAACUUCUUUAACUUUUGGAUUGUUUCGUGUUCAUCCCCUAAAUUUCCGAACCUUGUCCCAAGUCCCAACGUUAGGCUGCGUUUCCACCAGAGAUGUAUUGCGAGGAAUGUGUUUUUAAGA